UUUCCUUCUUCUUCUUUUGGAUAUUGUUUUGGUUUUGUCAUUGAAUUGAGGGACUUCUUUGCUCUUUGACAAAGUUGGUUGACGAUCUUCAUAAAAACCGACGUCCGGCAUUUUGUCGUUCACAAAAAUGUUAUACUUGAUUGGUUUGGGUUUAGGAGAUGAAAAGGAUAUUACUAUAAAAGGUUUGGAAGCAGUAAAAAAGGCUGACUUGGUUUUUUUGGAAAGUUACACUUCAAUCCUUGGGAUCGAUAGAGAGUCUCUGAGCUCAUUCUAUGGAAAAGAGGUUGUAGAGGCAGACCGUGAGUUCACUGAAGGUGCGAAAGAGAUAUUAUCCUUAGCCAAGACAAAGAAUGUGGCUUUUUUAGUUGUUGGUGAUCCCUUUAGUGCUACAACGCAUACAGAUUUGGUGCUUCGUUGCAGAAAAGAAGGAAUUCAAGUGGAAGUAUUUCAUAAUGCCUCAAUCUUAAACGCUGUUGGCAAAUGCGGUCUUCAACUUUACAAGUUUGGUGAAACUGUUUCGUUGGUUUUCUUCACCGACAGUUGGAAACCGGAUAGCUUUUAUGAUAAGAUUGCUAGAAAUAGAGCGGCAGGAUUGCACACUUUAUGUUUAUUGGAUAUUAAAUUGAAGGAACCCAACUUGGAAAGUCUAGCCCGAGGAAAAGUAGUUUAUGAACCUCCUCGUAUGAUGACCAUUUCUCACGCCAUCCAACAGUUGUUAGAUGUGGAGGACUCUAGAAAGCAACAAGGUAAGAUUAUCUGAACCAGUGGAUUGAUUAGGAUAUCAUUGCUUUAUAGUAUUUGAUAAGGAAACAUUAUUAUGUGUUGGAUUGGCAAGAAUUGGACAUCCAACAGAGUGCAUUGCUUAUGGUUCCUUACAGCAACUGGCAGACUAUGUCUUCGGUCCUCCUCCUCACUCUCUUAUUAUUCCAGGCGAGUUACAUUUCUUGG